GGUAGCGGCUUGUUAUUAUUUCAAGAUUAAAUUAUAUUGUUGAUAGCAAGAGUUUCGGUUUUUGUACGAGCAGCAGAUUCGUUUAUCAUGAGUUAUCAUCGCGGAGGAAAUCGUCGCGGCGCCAACUUCAACAAGGGUGGUGGAAAUCGUUAUGGCGGUGGCGGUAAACGUGGUGCCGGAAAGGAUCUCGACGUACCGGUCGAUGAAAACAAUCCGGUUGUUCAGUGUUUCCGGGAGUAUGCAAGGGAGUUGGAUGAGAAGCACGAUCGCUAUGAGCGCAUUGUAAAGUGCAGCCGGGAUAUCACCAUCGAGAGCAAGAGGAUCAUAUUCUUGCUUCAUACCGUGGAUGCGAAGAAAAAUAACCAGUCACGUGUUUGCGAUGAAGCUAAAAAAAGACUGGAGUCUCUCUGUCAAACCCAUUUCGUCACGAUUGCCAAGGAACUACACGGCUUGGAUCCGUAUCAGUACACACGGGCCUAUACUGCCGGUUUGCAGGAGUUCAUCGAAGCUUAUACAUUCCACGAGUACGUCUCCACUCAGAUCAUUUCCAAUUGGAAGACUAUUCAGAAUCAACUUACAUACAACAUUCCAACCAAUUCGGACGAGAGUGGUUCGGAUGAGGAUGAAGAAAACUCUGAUGAUGAUAAAGACAACAAUAAAACACCGAAGAACCAGAUAAGUUGCCUAUUGCCACCGCUGGAUUUUGUUUUGGGAAUAGGUGACCUCAGCGGUGAAGUUAUGCGCAAGUGUAUCAACUCGCUCGGUUCUGGGGACGUUGAAAGUUGUUUUGAUCAUCGUCGUUUUAUGCAAGAACUUUACAAAGGGUUCAUAUCGGUGAGCAAUGCUAGAAGUCGUGAUUUUUCGCAGAAACUAUUCACGUUGAGACAAAGUUUGCUCAAAAGCGAGAACGUAUGUUAUAAUGUGAAGGUACGCGGAGGAGAAGCCGCCAAAUGGGGCAAUACUGAAGAUUGUGCUUUUGUUAACAUACCGAAAGAUAACUUAGACGAAGAUGAGGGUGUAUUUUUCUAAGAUCAAAUAAGUCAAACUGAAAUUUGCUUUGCGUUGGAUUUUUCAUUGCAUUUUUCUUACAAUAUGUUAUAAAUAAAACGGCAACUAUUGCCGAUUGGAAUAA